AUCUAAGAGUAAUACUGUGAAGAAUUUUGAUUGGAAAAAGAGAUUGAACACAAACGACCUGUCCACUUUAUUGUUAAGAAGACAGCGUGACAGAGGAUUUCAUUUUAGCUUGAGGGAUAAAAACAUUUCAGGAUUAAAAGUACCUGAUGCGUACAGUACAGUGAUUCAUCAUGCGGAUCAAAUACAGGGAAUAAACCUAACUCAAAGUUGAUAAAAAUCUUAUAUGAAUUAAAUGACAGUGAAACGGUCCACGAAUCUUUUCACCUUUUAAACGGAAACUAUCCAUAUAGAAUGUUGAAAAGGACAGCGAUUAAUACCUCACUGAAUCAAAACUAGAGAUUAUAAUUUUGUGUUUGUACAAACCACUGGAUAUCUUAAACAUACACUUUAAACAUUUCUCCAUUUUAUUUUGGACAUUUGAUUUCAUACAUGAGGACAACAAAUUCAUGACAUUUAUGGAAGUCGGAGAUGGAAGUUAGAGUUUUAAGAAUUUUGAACGAAGCCAAUCAAGCCAAUCGAUUUCACCCGUACUCACAGAUUCCAUCAAAACUUGGCAUGAAUAUACCUGCAGUACAGAAACUACCUUUAGAUACCCAGACCUACACACCUCGCAGCAUGCCUGCGGCAAGUCCAAACACCACCAGUAGUCAGUCUAGUUCACAGAGCGGUAGCAUGAAUGACCUCAGCAAAACAAAUUUGUAUAUACGUGGACUGAAUCCUAAUACUACUGAUAAAGAUUUAAUUAAUUUAUGUCAGCCAUAUGGCAAAAUCAUUUCAACGAAGGCCAUAUUAGAUGAAAAUACAAAAAAAUGCAAAGGGUAUGGUUUUGUUGAUUUUGAAUCUCAUCAGGCAGCCGAGGUAGCUGUACAGGCAUUACAAGCCCAGGGUAUUCAAGCACAAAUGGCCAAGCAACAAGAACAAGAUCCUACCAACUUAUACAUUGCCAAUUUGCCAAUACAAUAUACAGAAACACAUUUAGAAAAUAUGUUUAAGGAAUAUGGUACUGUUAUAUCUACAAGAAUUUUAAGAAACCCUGAUGGUGUCAGUAAAGGAGUGGGUUUUGCAAGAAUGGAAUCGAAAGAAAAAUGUGAACAAAUUAUAACUGUUUUUAAUGGAAAACUUGUUCCAGGCAGUACAGAACCUUUAAUAGUGAAACUUGCUGAUGGUGGAAAUAAGAAAAAGACACCACAAGCUCUCACAAUUCCUACAAAAAUUUGGGCUGAUGCAACUAGAGAUUUAUUAAUUCCAACAACAGCGUAUGCUGACCAAGCAAGUAUUAUAGCUCAACAAAAUGGACUUGCUGCCCAGCAGUUGCUUAGCCAAGGCCUUCUCCCUAGAUACUCCAUGGCAACAACUCCCCAAACUACAUACCAAGUUCAUCAGUCAGCAGGUGCAGCAGGCUGGGUCCAUCCUAGUGGCUACAUAGUUCAACCACCUAUGGCCCAUUACCUUACUGGAAACGCUGCUUACCAAUUCCCAUAUGGUUCUAACUCAGCUGGAGCCGGAGCUUUCUUACAACCUCUACAAUUAGACGAACAUGGUUUAACCACAGAGGAUGCCUUACAGCAACAUUAUCAAAUCUUUACAUCUCAACCUUCAACAUUCACAUCAUGAUGAACCAAAGUGCCACAAGACAACCAAAAGAACAACAGCAAUGUUUACAGCAAUGGCUUCCCCUUUAUGUUACAACAAAAACAUCUUUAUUCACAAACGCUACCUCAUGAAAAUUGUCAUCCUUUUUUAAAAUCCUUCUGUUUUGCAUUGCAGCUACUCAAACAUUUUUCAUAGAUUUACAAGUAGUAUUUUUAUUUUUGUUUUCUGUUAUUGUCUUGCUUAUUAAAACCAGCUUAAAUGAAUCUUCUAGACUUUAAGUCACAAUUCAACCAUAAAAUUUUGUCUCUUCUUUCUUGUAACAACUAGGUGCUAGAAUCAUUCUUUUUGUUUGAAAUGUUAAAAAUGCAUAUUCAAACAGUUGAGAAAAUGUUUUUACUGUAUAAAGGGACAAAAUAUUAUGAGCGUCUUUUUUGAUUUGUAAUAAAUGUUGUUGGUUUACAAACUAAAAUUUAGUAAAUGAUUGGAACAGUGUGAUUUACAGCCUAGAAUUCUUGGUAUCUAUAUACCCUAUUUGUUAUAAACAUUGUAGACUGUUGAUAUUUUUAUGCAAAUAGAAGUACAUUAGAUAUAGGAAAAAGUAGAGUAGCCAUUUAAAAGUGAAUAGAAAAUGGCUAAAUGUCUUUGUGAAUAGAACAAAUAUUAAAAGAUACAUGUUUCUUAUAGUAAUAUAGUUAAAUUGACUUCUAAAGGACCAAUGGCGCUAUUCAUUAUGUUUGUUUGUUGAAAAAAGUUCUUCCAGUUUUCUAUGUGUCAGUAUGAUAUCAAAUUAAAAGUAUAUAAAGAUCAAAUACAUUUGUCAUUUUGUAAAUUGUAAAUUACAUUAAAUUUGAAAGUUUGUCCAUGAAUAAUAAUUAAUAUUGAGUUGUAAACAAAUUCUGUGUACUUAUUUUUUCAUUGCUCUUUCAAAAUAGAAACAAAAAUACUUAGCAUAAUACCAAAGAUCUGUUUUGCUAUUUAAAAUGUCUUGUUUCUCAGGUUAUAGCACUUAAAAAAGGUAACUGUACAAUUACUUUUGUACAGAAUAAACCUAUUUGAUUAGGACACCAACUUAAGUUUAAAUAAUGUUAGUAUAGAUUGUUUAUUUUGGAGAAAAUGUUAUGUCAAACUAGCAGCUUAAGAUUGAAUAUUAAUGCAAUAUAGUUGAACAACCAACAAGAGACCCAUCAAGAAAAAGGAAAAAAUGCUUCCACUGGGCAUCAACAUUAAAUAAUGGCCUGAGAAGUAAAACAUUUUUAGCAGCGAUGUGGCUAUCCCGGUACAGAACUUAAUCAGAAAAUUUAUAUUCUUUCAUUGUUUGUACUUAAAUGAUUCUAAGAAAAAUCAAAAUCAAGCCUUCUUCAUGAAUGAAUUGUUUUGUUUGAAUUAUCAUAAGUUAAUUGCAGGGCAUUUAAAAAUUUAGAAGUAACCAUAAUAUAAAUUUUUUUUUUUUUACUUAAAACUGUUUUUAAAAUAGACCUAGUUGUAUACCUAUGCUCGUGAUAAUAUAAAGGGCAUUACCCGUGAUAUAUUUAUAAAAAGAUGUCAAAUUUGAACAUUUUACUUUAAAAAUUCAACUUUCAGGCUACUUAAAGUAGCUUUACAAUGAACAAUUAAAAAACUAUUAAAGUUCAAGAUUUUAAUUUAUUUUCAAAGCCUUAUACAUUUUAGUUGCAAAAUGCAACAAUUAUUUGAGUGAACAAAAGGUGUGAAAUAUUAUUAGUGGUGCACAUGGUGCAGGAGGCAGAUGUAAAUAAAAACUGGGAGAAUUGAAAAAUUGUAUAUAGUAACAAAUUAAUAAUCAUCUUUUUCAAGAUCAAUUAUUGGUUUUUUUUAUUAUUAUUUUAUUGCUUUUUAGUUCUUUAAUUUGAUAUUGAUGAAUUGUUUAAAUGUUUGUUAUAAAUCAUAUUGUGAAUUUUAUUAUUUUUAAUAUUUUUAAAUAUUGUUUAGUUAUGUCAUUGAAAUUGAAUUUGAUGCAUGGUAGUGCAUCGUUCAUUACAGGUUUUAACCUUGAAGCGUAUCUGAAUUCAAAGCACUGCUUCCUCAUUCACUAUCCUUGUCUGCAGUACCUACAGUGUAUGUUAUGCUGUAAGUUAACCUGACUCUAGAAGCCAUAUGAUCUUCAUCUAUUUGCCUUAUAUAUCUUUUCUGUCAAGUUACAAACCCAGUCUUCAUCUUUAAAUCUGCAUCUAAAUGAAAACCAUAGUAGAGGCAAUUCUGUAUUCUAAUUGGAUGAUUUUCAAAAAUUCUUCUCUAUUGAAGCAUCACAUGAAGUCUGACUUUUGGAUAUUUAGUGUGCAUUUAUCUUUAAUCGGGCAGCAAACUUGGCAGCUGCAUACCAGGUAAAUAACAUGCACAAAUCAAUCUAUGGAAACAAAUUCAUAUUGAUUAAAAAUUUGAAAAUUUGAAAUCAAAUUAUUCUAAAGUUGGAUAUUUUUGUUGAUAAAACUACAGCAAUAUAGAUUUAACUACCACAAAUGUUUGGUGUUAUAGAGAAAAACUACCUCCGAAUUCACAUAAAACAAAAUAACUCACUGCCUUUAUGUUUCAAUCAAGAUGAACAUUUUAUUGCUUUGCUUUAUCUUCCUUUUCUAAUGAACUGGUAUUUUUUUUUUUAUCUUAAGUGCAACUCUUCUUAAAUUGUUAGAUGGAUUUCCAAGAAGUUUAAAAAUAUUAAUAGGUAAUACAUCAGUCAUAUGGCGAUAAAUCAUGAGGCUUUGGUCAGACUUUUUAAAGAGAGAAUUGAGUAUAACAUCAGUCAUAUGGCGAUAAAUCAUGAGGCUUUGGUCAGACUUUUUAAAGAGAGAAUUGAGUAUAACAUCAGUCAUAUGGCGAUAAAUCAUGAGGCUUUGGUCAGACUUUUUAAAGAGAGAAUUGAGUAUAACAUCAGUCAUAUGGCGAUAAAUCAUGAGGCUUUGGUCAGACUUUUUAAAGAGAGAAUUGAGUAUAACAUCAGUCAUAUGGCGAUAAAUCAUGAGGCUUUGGUCAGACUUUUUAAAGAGAGAAUUUAGUAUAACAUCUUGCAGCAGGAGUAUAAUUUUGUGGGCCUGCAUGCAUAACCUACAAUUUUAUACAAAUAGAAGCUUAGUUAUGCAGAAAUCAGUAUGUGGAAGAAAAAAAAAUGUUAGAAAAUGAACUUCUAAAAUUGUACAGUCAUUCAGAAUUGUUUAUCCUAUGUUGAUUUGUAUGCUGUAAAGAAAUUUAGUGCUUGGUAGAUAUGAUAGUUUGUAGAUAAUUGUUUCAUCCAGGUCAUAUUUUGUUUUUUCAUGAUUAUUAUAUGUUGGUUCACCAUUUCAGUCUAUCUUAACAUAUUCUUCAGUGUUGGAGUUUCAAAUUAUUUUUGUUUAUAUUAAGAGUUUCACAGUUGAAGUUAAAACCAUAACUCUUUGGCUAUUACACUUCUGAUGAAAAGGAUUGUUUUGUUUGCACUCAACACCAAUGUAUACCAAUCCCCCAAAUAAAAAAGAAAAUUAAAAAAAGAAUACAGAAUUUUCACUUAGUUCAAAUUAAAAAGCAGAAACCUUACAUAAAACAAUGAGAGUAAUAUUAUUAACUUACGGUUAUCAAAAAAUUUCAUUUUAUUUUAUCAAGACCUGAAGCUAUGGAAAUGUUGUAAACCAGAGGCAUUUACUCUGUAACAGGUCUAACUUUGGGAGGAUUGGUUUGUGUAAUAAUAAGCAAUACAAUAUUUUUAAGAUUCACACUGCAGCAUGGUAAUGGCAAGCUUUUUCAUUGCUCAGGGUAAGGUGGGAUGUCCUCACUGUAUUGAUGAUACCUCAGGUGAUGGAAUACUCAAUUAGUCUGUAGGUUUAGUUGCUUCUUAUACUUUUGGUGAGGACCUAAGUAAAGAGAAAAAACAUCACACCUCAUGCUGAUAGUGAAAUACUUAAGUUUAUAUUAUAGUAGAGCUUUGAUUCUCUAAAACACAAAUGAUCAUCAAAAUCUGUUCAAUAUGAAAAUAAGAGGAUGUAUGAUUUCCAAAUAAGUUUCGUUAUUGGAUCUAUAGCAUAGAAUUUACCCUGCAAAAAGCUAAAAAAAAAAAAGUGUUCUAGAAAUCCAAAUGUCUGCUAAAUAUUAUUUUAUAGUAAUGUACAACCAUUAAUGUUAGUUAAUACUUAAAUUAAAUUUUAUUUAUGAAAUUCUAACUGAAUUAUUUUCAUUAUAUACAAUGUUUUAAGACAAAAUGGUGAACCAUUAAUCUCAUUGUUAUUGAUAUUUUGAAAUGUUUAUUAUUGAUGAUUACUGGGGAGAGUUUAUAUGAGUAGGGAUUCCUAUUUGAAUAUUUUACAUUUUAUUAUUUGCAUAUUUGUUUUUAUUUUACAUAACAAUUUAUAAUUCAAUUGUAAUUACCUCACAAUUUUUUCUUUUGAAAAACGCAAUUAAUGCCAGGUUAUUCAUUUUCAGACCUAAAUAGAAAAUACAGAAUCAGUUCUGUUCUUUUUCAAUUUCCUCCAAGACAAAUUAUAUGUAUGUAAACACUUUUUACUGUUCACCAAUUUAAAGAAAGUUUAUUUUCUAAAUAUUUUAUACAGCAAUAUUUUAAAUGUAGUCGAUUCUACAAAAUUUUUUGUCAAAACCAUUUAUUCCCCAUAUUGUAUUAUAUUCAAUUUUUCUGUGUAAUACAUCAAAAACUUGAAUCAUUUUGUAGAAAUAAAGUCAGAACUAAUUUUUGUAUGACUAAUAAUGGCAGCACUGUCAGUCAUAUCAAUAGCACAAAACUUAAUACAGACAUUCAAAAUUAGAGAAAGAAGUUUUAAGACACUUAGUUUAGGAAUCUGCCCCACUUUGUCACAUAUAAUACCACUGUGUGGUACUAAGCAUGUGGAAACAGUGUACUUUUGUACAAAUAUUUUGUUUUCAGUGUGUUUAAAAUCAUUUGCAUGCAAAUUAAUUCCACUCACUUUUAUCUGCCUUUUAUUGAUUUUCAUGUCCGAGAUUGUUCAUAUGCAAAAUAUUUUUAGUGAAGAUAUUCAUAAGUUUUUAUUGGAGUUGUAUAAAAGUCAUCUUUUUUACAGUGCUUAGUUUAGGUUACAUGUAAAUAAUGCUCUUUCAUUUAAAUUUUAAAGAAUGAAUAACAUGGAGAGGUUUAUUUUAAGUCUUGAUAAGUAACUUUGUAGUACUGAUUUUUUCAGUAAAAACCAUGCAAUACAUUGUAACAUCAAGCUCAAUAAAUGAUUUGGUAUACCACUGAUAACCUUUUUGUUAAACUUAAAUGCACAUUUGUCGUUUAACAAUUAAUCCACCACUCCAUGUUUUUCCUUCAUCAUUGAUGCCAUGAAUGAUGGAGACCAAGAAUCAUUCUUUUUCUGCUUGUUUGAUUUAUGAAAGAUUUUUAAAAUCAUUCUGAAAAAAUAUCAUCACAAUGGAAUAAAUGACUUCAUCUAAAAA